AUGGAUGACCUCUACGAUGAGUUCGGUAACUACAUCGGCGAAGCCGAGUCCGAUGAAGAGCAACAGGAGCAGGUCCCCCAGGCCUUCAAGUUCGACGAGGCCUUUGAAGACGAGGAGGAAGAGGAGGAGAUUGUCAAUGACCAGCAGUUGAUGGAGGUCGACGGUACGUUUUGCGCUCCCCAGAAUACACAGAUUAGGAAGGACCGCAUGCUCAUUCGCGCCUCGCGUUCAGAGGGACCUUCAAACGCGGUCAUUCUACACGAAGACAAGCAAUAUUACCCCAGCGCACAACAAGUAUACGGCGAGGAUGUCGAAACUAUGGUCCAGGAGGAAGACGCGCAGCCGCUGUCCGAGCCCAUCAUCGCGCCCGUCCAGCAGAAGAAAUUUGCGAUCGCUGAAACCGAGCUUCCCCCCGUCUAUUUCUCCCGCGAAUUCAUGUCAGAUUUGCUCAAUUUCCCCGACCAAAUACGAAACGUUGCUGUGGUGGGCCAUUUGCACCAUGGAAAGACUGCAUUUAUGGAUAUGCUGGUGCGACAGACACACGAUCUUUCGGCACGGCUAGAGAAGCGUCAGGGCAAGCGCAAGGAGGAACAGCUUCGAUAUACCGACGUUCAUUUCCUGGAGCGUCAGCGCGGUGUCUCCAUCAAAUCGGCACCUAUGAGCUUGGUUCUUCAAGGCACCAAGGGCAAGUCUCACCUUGUCAACAUUAUCGAUACCCCCGGUCAUGUGAACUUUGUGGACGAGGUCGCCGCAUCGGUCCGCUUGGCGGAUGGUGUCGUUCUCGUUGUGGAUGUCGUCGAGGGUGUGCAGGCGAACACAGAGCAGAUUAUCAAGCAUGCGGUCUUGGAGGAUAUUCCAUUGACCCUGGUUGUGAACAAGAUGGACAGACUUAUUUUGGAGCUUAAGCUGCCGCCCAACGACGCUUACUUCAAGCUGAAGCAUGUGAUUGAAGAAGUGAAUACCCUCAUCGAGAAUAUUGUGCCGGGUCAGGGUGAGCGACGACGAUUGAGUCCCGAAAAGGGCAAUGUCGCGUUUGCCUCUAGCUCGAUGAAUUGGUGCUUUACCUUGGAGUCAUUCGCCCGUAUGUACGCCGACACCUACCCGAAACUUGAUUCCUCGGAGUUCGCAGCGCGCCUCUGGGGCGACAUUUUCUACAACCCCAAGAGCCGAAAGUUCACUCGAAAGGGCGUGGAGGAGAACUCGAAGCGCGCAUUUGUGAAGUUCAUCCUGGAGCCUAUUUACAAACUCUACUCUCACACGCUUAGCGAGAGCCCCGAGGACCUCAAGCAAACGCUGGCGAGCGUGGGUGUCACUUUGAAGCCGUCUCAGUUGAAGACUGAUGCAGCCGAGCUCCUUAACCUCGUGUGUGAGCAAUUCUUCGGCCCCCCCACUGGCUUUGUGGAUAUGGUCGUGCAGCACGUUCCUUCUCCCGUUGGCGGUGCCCAGAGAAUGUUGGAACGAUACUAUACUGGCCCCCUGGAUACCAAGAUCGCGACUUCAAUGUCUACUUGUGACCAGGACGGACCCUUGGUUGUGCAUGUCACGAAGCUCUUCAGCACCGUCGAUGCUAGGGGAUUCCAUUCCUUCGGACGAAUCCUGAGUGGUACCGCUCGCCCUGGUCAGCAAGUCCGGGUUCUGGGAGAGGGAUACACUCCGGAGGAUGAGGAAGAUAUGGUCAUUGCAACCAUCUCAGACACAUGGAUUGCAGAGACCUGCUACAACAUCUCCACCGAUGGCGUCCCCGCGGGUAACUGGGUUCUGCUCGGUGGCGUAGACAACUCAAUCGUCAAAACGGCAACACUCGUUCCUCUCAAGCUGGAGGAUGAUGAGGAGCCAUACAUUUUCCGUCCCAUCCGGCACAUGACCGAGUCUGUGUUCAAGGUCGCAGUGGAGCCCGUGAACCCCUCCGAAUUGCCCAAGAUGCUGGAUGGUCUGCGCAAGGUCAACAAGAGCUAUCCUCUGAUCUCCACCAAGGUUGAGGAGUCUGGUGAGCACAUUGUGCUGGGAACUGGCGAGCUCUAUAUGGAUUGCGUGCUUCACGAUCUUCGACGACUGUACUCCGAGAUGGAGAUUAAGGUCUCUGAUCCAGUCACACGGUUCUGCGAAACUGUUGUUGAAACCUCGGCCAUCAUGUGUUACUCUAUCACGCCAAACAAGAAGAACAAGAUCACUAUGAUUGCAGAGCCCUUGGAUGAGGGUAUUGCCGAGGACAUUGAAAGUGGCAAAGUCAACAUCAAGGACCCUAUUCGAAAGGUCGCCCGCUACUUCGAGGACAACUAUGACUGGGACAAGCUUGCGGCACGCAGCAUCUGGGCGUUUGGUCCCGAGGAGAUGGGACCCAACAUUCUCCAGGAUGACACAUUGCCCUCGCAGGUGGACAAGAAGCUGCUUGGAACCGUGCGAGACUCGAUCACCCAGGGCUUUAGCUGGGGCACGAGAGAGGGGCCUUUGUGUGAAGAACCAAUUCGCAACACCAAGUUCAGGCUCACCGACGUGUCUCUUGCUGAUCAAGCCAUCUAUCGCGGAGGUGGUCAGAUCAUUCCUACAGCUCGCCGUGCCGUUUAUUCAUCAUUCUUGAUGGCUUCCCCUCGACUCAUGGAACCCAUCUACUCUUGCACAAUGACGGGCCCCGCAGAUGCCGUCGCAUCGGUAUACACCGUGCUCUCCCGCCGACGAGGCCACGUCCUAUCCGACGGGCCUAUCGCCGGUACCCCUCUCUACUCCGUUCGGGGUUUGAUCCCCGUGAUCGAUUCAUUCGGUUUCGAGACCGAUUUGCGCAUUCACACCCAAGGUCAGGCCACGGUCAGUCUGGUCUUUGAUAAGUGGAGUGUCGUGCCCGGUGACCCACUGGACCGGGAUGUGAAGCUGAAGCCGUUGGAAGUGGCUAAUGCCAUGUCCACUGCACGGGAUUUCGUGCUGAAGACCCGCCGGCGUAAGGGUCUGGCGGAGGAUGUCACCGUCAGCAAGUUCCUAGAACCGGAAUUGUGGAAGGGUCUGCAGGAGAGCGGCGUUUUGGAUUCAUAA